UGGACAAACGUGCGGGCACUAAGACCGCAAGGCAUUCAUUUCCUCCUACGGUGGAUGCGGACGCCGGGAGGAGGAGAGCCCCACAACGAGGAGCUGGGAGCAGAGCGCAGAGAACACAUACCGUCUCCGAAGAUCAGCCCCAAUGAACAUGUCAGUGUUGACUUUACAAGAAUAUGAAUUCGAAAAGCAGUUCAACGAGAAUGAAGCCAUCCAAUGGAUGCAGGAAAACUGGAAGAAAUCUUUCCUGUUUUCUGCUCUGUACGCUGCCUUUAUCUUUGGUGGUCGGCACGUAAUGAACAAACGGGCGAAGUUUGAACUGAGGAAGCCUUUAGUGAUCUGGUCUCUGACCCUCGCAGUCUUCAGUAUAUUCGGUGCUCUUCGAACUGGUGCUUAUAUGGUGUACAUUUUGAUGACCAAAGGCCUGAAGCAGUCAGUCUGUGACCAGAGUUUUUAUAAUGGACCUGUCAGCAAAUUCUGGGCUUACGCAUUUGUGCUAAGCAAAGCACCUGAACUAGGAGAUACAAUAUUCAUUAUUCUGAGGAAGCAGAAGCUGAUCUUCCUGCACUGGUACCACCACAUCACUGUGCUCCUGUACUCCUGGUACUCGUACAAGGACAUGGUGGCCGGGGGUGGUUGGUUCAUGACGAUGAACUAUAGCGUGCACGCUGUGAUGUACUCUUACUACGCCUUGCGAGCAGCGGGUUUCCGAGUCUCCCGGAAGUUUGCCAUGUUCAUCACCCUGUUCCAGAUCACUCAGAUGCUGAUGGGCUGUGUCAUUAACUACCUGGUCUUCUACUGGAUGCAGCAUGACCAGUGUCACUCUCACUUUCAGAACAUCUUCUGGUCCUCACUCAUGUACCUCAGCUACCUUGUGCUCUUCUGCCACUUCUUCUUUGAGGCCUACAUCGGCAAGAUGAGGAAAACCACAAAGGCUGAAUAGUGUUGGAACUGAGGAGGAAGCCAUAGCUCAGGGUCAUCCAGAAAAAUCAUAGACAAAAGAAAAUGGCACAAGGAAUCACAUAUGGUGCAGCUACAACAAAACACAUGAGCAAACACAAAACCCAAGGCAGCUUAGGGAUAAUUAGGUUGACGUAACCCAGUAAGUUUAUGAUCCUUUUUGGGUGAGGACUCACUGAGGGCACCUCUAUCUCAAAGGACCGCUGCUAGAAGACCCCAUUUCCUCUUUACCUGCCAAGUUUAAGACAAAUGAGAGCAAAAGUGAGCCAGAGGCAGAGAGAGACCGGAGGCAAACAAAAGCUAUUAACACUAUGGAAAGUAUUUACUAAGUGUUCUAUUUCUCUGAGGAUAAAAGAAGUUUACUCAAAAACUGUGCGAGCACUUGCACAAACAAUCUGAUCUUUUUGACACUAAACCGGAGCCAAUAGAAUAGAUAAAAACAGAAGAGACACAAGAGUGUAUAUCUAGAACAUUAAUCCUUUUGCAAAACUUAAAACCUUUUAAAGAAAGGUUGGUAGGUAUAGCCCCCAUGAGGAAAGAUGUCUUAAUCACCUCUUAUGAAAAUGGAUAUAAACAAGUAUAUUUCGACUGGUGUUUUUCUCUUAACAGCACAGCCUCGGGCUGGCGAGUUUGCCAAAACCAAACGGGGCACCGUGUCCUUCCCGGGUUCUUCCUGGGAGGACGGAAACAAUGCGGGCCCAGUGCGGGAAGGAGCAGCUCCAUCUCAGAGCAUUUCUGGUAGUUUUAUCAGCGAUUUCUAUUCUUAAAUGAGAUAUGAAGCACCAUCCUUGGUUCAGGUGUCCCAGGCUUUUGAAAAGAGUAAAUACGGGAUAGAAGAAGUGAAGCUCAGUUGAAUGAUUUGAAAAUGGAUUCUGUAGUACAACCUGUAGAAAGGUUCGCUCCAAUACCAUUCUUGGGCUGAGAAGGGGAGAAAAGCAGGGAAAAGAAGUGAGCCGAAGGUCUUUACAAUGUGUACCCUAUCUAUUUGACUUCACACAUAGUCAUAACUUUCCACAUGAGAAUCUGUGGUACGAUCUGUAUCUUCUAUAUUUUUGUGAAUUUCAAAACGAAAUCUGCAGGGCCCUUUCCUGAUUGAUACUGAGCGAACACUGUGUUUCUGCAUCAUCUGCAUUUGCUUCCUAAGCAAUGUAGAGGUGUGUAAAGUGCCCUCUGCUGGUCAAGUGGAGAUACUUCAACAAACGCUUCAUGGAAAGUCUGCAACAGUUGACAACAAAGGGCCCCCUAUAGACUUAUCCUCCAAAUUUUCGGCGAUACAAAAAUACACGUUAUUUUUUGGCCAAAUCAGAAGACAUCUUUCCUGCUUCAAGUCAGCUUCAGAAAAUUUUUAAAAAGGACUUUCACUCUGGAACUCAGAAAAUCAGUUUAUUAAGAGCCAUAUUCUUUAAAAAAGAAAGGUAGUUAAUAUAUUAUUGGUAAUAUUUCAGUCCUUUACAAGCCAAAUAAAUGUGUAAACAUUCCUAGUAUUUCAAAGAAACAAUUAUGUCAAGUUGUUCAAUGUGAUAUCAUAGUAUUCUAAUUGGUUAAGUAGCUUAAUGAUUAGACCAACUAGUUGAAAAGAUUAGGGGCUGUUCCACCGCGUAGACUGUACUCCUGUAGAGCCACAUAUAUGCACAAAUGUGGGGCACGCUGACUUUCAAAGCCCAAAUGAAUAGAAACACAUUUUCUGGCUAGCAGAAAAUAAAUUGUUGUUUAUCUUUCUUGCUUUAUUUGAGAGUGUACAGUAAAAUAAUUUUUCCAAAUUAUUUUUAUAUUAUUUUAGCUUUAAUUGCGCUGUCAUUCAUGAAACAGAGCUGUUCUGCUUCUCUGUCAGAGAUGACCAGGGCUUUCUCAGCAUCUCCUUUAUGUGUGGAAUCGAAUAAAGUUUUAUUCCAUUCUGUGUGAA